AUGGAGGAGCAGUCUUUUCUGAACAAGAUCAUGCUUAAUCUUCGUGAAAACUGCAAAUACUAUACCGGUUACCCAAAGGAUCUUGGACCAUCAAAAGUUAUGCAUUUUACCUCAGAGCGUGAGUUCGUGCAGCUCCUUCACCAAGGCGUUCCGGUGGUUGUCGCAUUUACUGUAAAGCAUAGCCUUACCAAACGCCUCGACAAUGUUCUGGAAGAAGCUGCAGCCGAGUUUUAUCCACAUGUCAAGUUUUUGCGUGUUGAGUGUUCAAAGUAUCCUGGAUUCUGCAUAACUCGCCAGAAGCAUGAGUAUCCAUUUAUAGAAAUCUUUCACAGCCCAGAACAGGCAUCUAAUGAAGGAAAGGCUGUCGACCCAAACAUCACAAAAUACUCCGUCAAAGUUUUACCUUACAAUUAUGACGUUAGUCCUUACGGAUUCAGAGAGUUUUUCAAACGCCACAGAAUUCAAGCAACCGACCUAAGUCGAUAA